AUGCCAGAGGACAGGAACUCGUUCAUUGACCUCUGUAUCGUCAAGCACGAGGAGUGCUCCGAGGACCAGUUUAACGGCAGACGAACUAUUUUUACCUGGCGACCUGGGCUGGUCCAGUCAGCUAAAGAUCGAUUCUGGAGAACUUACAGUUGUGUUUUUCACCAAAAAUUAAACCAGUGUCCAAUUGAUGGUGGGUGGACCGAGUGGACGGGGUGGUCAGUGUGUAAGGCUGAUUGUGAGGACAAGGGCACUCAGCUCAGGACACGCGCGUGUGAAAACCCCAAACCUGCUUUUGGCGGGAAUUCUUGUGACGGAUUCAAACUUCAGAACAGGACCUGCGUUGGUCUGUGUAAAACAAAAUCUGAUGGUCAGUUAGAGGCCGAGGAGUACAUCACACAAAUUCAUGACGUGUUCCCGGACCUCCGCGGCAUAUGUUUUGAUAAACAUUGCAUCUACGAUGAAGUUUCUAAGAUGAUCAAAGAUAAAAACAAAGUUGACAGGUACUGGUCAAGUAUUAGCUGUGUCAAAUAUGGUGGGGCGUGUCCAGUCAACGGGGGGUGGAGCCCGUGGGGGGAGUGGCUGGAGUGUUCGGUGCAGUGUGGCAACGGGGAGAGAAUUCGCAUGCGGAAGUGCGACAACCCGUCGACAAAAAACGGCGGGAUUCACUGCCAGGGUGACUGGUAUGAGAAGACUCAAUGUGUGGCCAGAUUUUGUCAUCCUGACCCCGGACUCUCUGAUUGGUCAGAAUACUCGCCGUGUUCUGAGACGUGUGGCAAGUUCGGCAUCAAAAGCUCCACCAGAUAUUGUCUGGAACAAAAGUUGUGUACGGUUGGAAACUCCGAGGUCAGCUCGGUCGUCCGGAGCGUGCCCUGCUACGGCGGGGAGUGUCCAGCAAAGGGCGGCUGGAGCAAAUGGCUGGAGUGGACGGACUGCUCGGCCAACUGCGGGCUGGGCCGUAAGGUCAGGAGACGAGAGUGUAACUCCCCCUACCCCAACGGCGGAGAGGACUGCAUGGGUCCCAGGCUCCAGUCUGUCACGUGUGAUGGCAGCUUGUGCAUCCAACUUCCAGAAGGACUAGAAGGAGCAGAUGGAGACGAAACUCUACGCAAACGUCGAUCACUGAACGACGACAUGGCUGGUGUCCCAAGUUUUGGCUUACCUAGAAUCAAUAUGGCGAUGUCCCACGUUAGACAAACUGACUCACAGACGCGGGAGUCGGAUUUUAUGUACGAAAUGUGCAAGAAGUCAGCCGCGGAGGGGACAGUGCAGAUUUGGAAAGAUUGUUUCCAAUUUUCAAACAGUCAGAAAAAAAGAUUUGACAACAGAUCGAAAUCCAUCGUACAAUACAAGCGCAGCAAAAGAAAAACUGCGAUAGCCCAGUCUCCUACUGAUCAAAAGAGACUAGCCAAUCAGAACUCUGUUAACAAAAAUUGGCCACUAGUUGUUUACCAGGAUAAAUCUAACACGCCGUUCCAUAGGUUCAGCAAUGAAGCCAUGAGCUACUAUCUGUCGAGACACCGCAGGCAAGCUGAGGAACCCAAGGAUAAAAACGUAAGGACCACUGUACACAACUUUGUGUGCACGAGUUACCGGGACGCCGAAGAUCCGUUCAACUUCCCCUUUAACCCCGACAUGGAGAACCUGUACAUCCGGUGGUCCCCGUGGACCCUGUGUACGGCCUCGUGUGGAGGGGGGGACGAGACACAGGAAGCGGCAGUGCAAGGACACAAAGUCCGUGUGUCGAGGGGAGUUGAAGGCGGGUGGGGGGCGUGGCAGAGCUGGACGCCCUGCAGCGUGACAUGUGGACGGGGCAACUCCGAGAGGUACCGGGCGUGUGACAGCCCGUUACCUGCCUUUGGGGGGAGCUGCGCGGGCUUCAACUCCCCAGUCACAGACAAUGCACAAACCCAAAGUGUCCAGAAGGCUAUUGGAUAUGGAGCGACUGGUCACUGUGGUCAGGUUGUACUAAAACGUGUGGGGGCGGCACAAGGAGCAGGACUAGCGGCGUCCAGGCGUUGUUUAGCCGGUCAGAAUCAAAGUUAUGUAACCCUCUACCUUGUCCAGUAUUUGAAACGUGUAGAGAAUGGCUUGUGGGCCAUAUGGGGAGGAUGGUCUCAGUGUUCUGAGCCGUGUGGAAUCGGCAACACCGUACGGGACCGCACGUGUACCGACCCGGCACCUAUAUACGGCGGGGAGCCAUGCGACGGUCAGGGGUCGGAGGUACAAACCUGUUAUGGGGGACCUUGUCUAGAUGAAGAUGACUACGGCAUUCAUCUAAAAGGAGUUGGCUACCUCAGAUACCCGGAGAAGGGGGUCCCCACGGGAUUCUUCAUGACCUUUCUACGAUUUAGACCUUUGAAACUGACUGGAACGCUGUUCCACCAUUCUAAACAGUGUAACAAGGGCCUCACUGAGUGCUCCAUGAGCAUCAUGCUCACAAUGACCAAAGGCAUCUUAGAACUUACUGCCAGGAUUUCCUCACAGAAAGACACCAUCAAGAUGCAGUACACUGACAGUGUAGAGAAAGAUAAGUGGCAUGAUGUGAUCGUCUUGGUAACGGAAAACUGGGUUGAGAUGAGAGUAAACGAAGGCCACAGAAUUGAGAUGAAAUUCCCGCCCAAGAAAAAACACACCUUCAACUUUGAUGGCGAAUUUACUGUUGGAAACAACCGACUCAUAUCCGAUGGGUUUAAUGGGAAGAUAGCAGCAUUGAGAAAAAACUUCAAGAUUUUGUUGAUGUUCAACAUGAAGUCAUGGGCUGGAUAUGGGGUGCCCAGUGCCAUUCACAAGGUUAAAAAAAUACAACUCAAAACGACAGUGCGACACCCAGAUUUUAACGGCAUCUACUACUCACACCUGUUCUUCCGUGAGACCCACUACCUGCACGUGACCGUCAGCUUCCUCAUCACCGGCACCAAAGGCCUGCUGCUCUUCAACGGCGGGAGGCUGGCUGUGUCCUUCGUCAGCGUGGCCAUCCUCGACGGGUCCCUCCAGUUCUGCAUGAGCUGUGGCUCCAAAAGCGUCUGCCGUAAGGGCUAUGAGUUAAAGACAGGACAGUGGUACCUGCUACAAGUCGUCGCGAAGGAAGGUGAAGGCCAAAUACGGCUCAACGAAGGAGAUGCCCUGCAAAUCAUGUGCCAAGCGGGCGAGAAAUACCAGCCCCGCAACUCGCUGUACGUAGGGGGCGCUGGUUCAAAGGACUGGGGAGUGAUCAUUGAACUAACGAAGAACAAUUCAUUAUAUUUCGGGGUCAUUGACAUGAUGACUGUCAACGGCUUGCUCGUGACUUACAAGAUGGCGACUCUGCUUGACUUUACUGGCAUGGUUAACUCCCUUGGAUACAGUCUAUCAGAUUACGUGACCGAGGUGUACAGAAAUGACAAAAGUAUAGCAAGCCUGCAGUGCGGAGUGCCAGAUAAAAUAAAAAAUGUCCACAAGGUCCGGAUUGUCUGGUUGGAGAGUAUGCGAAGACUGGUGCCAAGUGAGGGGGUGGAGAUUAUUGAUGUGGAAUCCAGCAAACAAUAUGUAAGCAAAGUAAACCUGCAUCCCGCACACACCAGCGAAGGCGUGUACGCGUGUCUAUUGAGUCAAGAUGGGUCGCUCUCUGUUCUGCACGUUUUCCUCGUGUUUCGUACACAAGGCCGCACCAAAAGAGAUACGGAAGAUAUUGAUGAAAAUGAAGAUGAACUUAAUUUCGUAGAGGUAGUAACUGCCAGGAGUAAAUAUGAAAUGACAGAAGAUGAAAAGGCCUCUCAUGCAGAGUGGGUGGUAUUAAUCGUUCUCCUUGUUCUUAUUCUCUUUUGCUUCUGCCCUACAGUAUGUUACUGUUGCACCAAAGAUCAUCCAAUAUGGGAUCCAUGCAGGAGGACCUUCAAUACAUGGUAUUGCAAAAUAUCUGGCAGAGAUUGUGAUGAUCUUGUGGAAGACGAUUACCUCAUGGAAGAAUCUGAAACAGAACCAGAGCCUGACAGUGAUGAGGACCCAGUUCCAAAAAGUAAAAACAACAUGAAGAAAAAAACACCAUCUCCAGCUAAGAAAAAACCAAAGCCCCAGAAAAAAACUGUAAAAGUGAAAGAAGGGAAAGCAACCCCCCCACCAAAAGCUGCUGUAGGAAAGCCUGAGAAAAAAUCAGCACUCAAGGCUAAGGAAGAAGACGUUAGUCCAACACAAGAUGGUAGGAAGGGGCCUAGAAAAUUAUAUGUCUGCAAACAAGUCCCCUAUCCUUGUAUGCCACCGUGGGCUAGCCCCUGUAUGCCACCCGGCAUGAGACCCUGUAUGACACCAUGCAUGACACCUGCUAUGAGACCAUGUAUGACACCUUACAUGCAUCCUUGCAUGCAACCUUGCAUGCAACCUUGCAUGACACCUGUUGCAAGACCAUAUAUGACACCUUGUAUGACACCUUGCAUGCAGCCUGUUAUGAGACCAUGUCCAACACCUUGUAUGACACCUUGCAUGUCACCUGCUGUGAGACCAUGUCCGACACCUUGUGCGACACCUUGUGUGUCUCCUUGUGCGACAUCAAUGGUCAACCCUUGCAGGUCACCAUGUGGUUCACCAUGUAUACAAGGUUACUCACCAUGUAUACCUCAGCCUUGCAUGCCUCAACCAUGCAUGCCUCAACCAUGUAUGCCUCAACCCUGCUCACCUCAACAAUAUAUGCCUUAUCCAUGUAGACCUCAACCUUGUAUACCACAACCCUGCACACCUCGACCCUGCAUACCUCAACCGUGUAGACCUCAACCUUGCACACCUCAACCGUGUAUACCUCAACCUUGUAUACCUCAGCCCUGUAGACCUCAGCCCUGCAUACCUCAACCCUGCAUACCUCAACCCUGCAUACCUCAGCCCUGCACACCUCGAGCAUAUUUUCCUCAAUCAUGUAGAUCUCAACCCUGCAUACCUCAACCAAGCCCACCUCAUUAUUUUCCUCAACAAUACAGACCUCAACCAUGCAGAUCUCAACCUUGUGUACCUCUAUCUGGCUCCCGUCCUCAGUCUCACUCAGGUUCUCCUCCACCACGCAAAUCAAGACAAAACCAAAUGAACAACCCUCAAGCUAGCCAAAUUAACAACCCUCAAUCUAGCAGAACUCGCAACUCUCAAGCAAGCCGAUCUCAUAGCCCUCAAACUGGCCACAUUAACAACCCUCAAGCUAGCCAAAUUAACAACCUUCAAUCUAGCAGAACUUACAACUCUCAAACUGGCCAGAUUAACAACCCUCAAUCUAGCAGAAUUCACAACUCUCAAGCAAGCCGAUCUCAUAGCCCUCAAACUGGCCAAAUUAACAACCCUCAAUCUAGCAGAAUUCACAACUCUCAAGCAAGCCGAUCUCAUAGCCCUCAAACUGGCCAAAUUAACAACCCUCAAUCUAGCAGAAUUCACAACUCUCAAGCAAGCCGAUCUCAUAGCCCUCAAACUGGCCAAAUUAACAACCCUCAAUCUAGCAGAAUUCACAACUCUCAAGCAAGCCGAUCUCAUAGCCCUCAAACUGGCCAAAUUAACAACCCUCAAUCUAGCAGAAUUCACAACUCUCAAGCAAGCCGAUCUCAUAGCCCUCAAACUGGCCACAUUAACAGCCCUCAAGCUAACCGAAUUACUAACCCUCAGUCUAGCAGAAAUUACAACCCUCAAGCUAGCCAAAUUAACAACCUUCAACCUAGCCGAACCUACAACCCUCAAGCUAGCAGAAUUAACAACCGUCAAGCUAGCCAAAUGAACAACCCUCAGGUUAGCCAUACUAACAACCCUCAAGGUAUCCAAAUUUACAACCCUCAAACUGGCCUAGUUUACGACCAUCAAACUGGCCAAACAUACGACCCUCUAACUGGCCAAACUUACAAAACUCAAGGUAGCCAAAAUUUCAACCCUCAAACUAGCCAAAUUUUCAACCCUCAAACUGGCCUAGUUUACGACCCUCAAACUGGCCAAACAUACGACCCUCUAACUGGCCAAACUUACAAAACUCAAGGUAGCCAAAAUUUCAACCCCCAAACUAGCCAAAUUUUCAACCCUCAAACUAGCCAAAUUUACAACCCUCAAACUGGCCUAGUUGACGACCCUCAAACUGGCCAAACAUACAACCCUCUAACUGGCCAAACUUACAAAACUCAAGGUAGCCAAAAUUUCAACCCUCAAACUAGCCAAAUUUUUAACCCUCAAACUGGCCUAGUUUACGACCCUCAAACUGGCCAAACAUACGACCCUCUAACUGGCCAAACUUACAAAACUCAAGGUAGCCAAAAUUUCAACCCUCAAACUAGCCAAAUUUUGAACCCUCAAACAAGCCAAAUUUACAACCCUCAAACUGGCCUAGUUUACGACCCUCAAACUGACCAAACAUACGACCCUCUAACUGGCCAAACUUACAAAACUCAAGGGAGCCAAAAUUUCAACCCUCAAACUAGCCAAAUUUUCAACCCUCAAACUGGCAAAGUUUAUGACCCACAAACUGGCCAAACUUACAACCCUCAAAUUGGACAAAUUUAUGACCCACAAACUGGCCAAACUUACUACCCUCAAACUGGACAAAUUUAUGACCCCCAAACUGGCCAUACUUACAGCCCUCAACCUGGCCAAACUUACAACCCACAAACUGGCCAAAUUUAUGACCAUCACACUAGCCAAAUGCACAACCCUAGAGCUAGUCAAGUGCUCAGCUCUCAGGCCAGCCAGAUGUACAAUGCUUAUGGUACCCAAACUAGCAACCCUUAUGGUACCCAAACUGUCAACCCUUUUGGCACACAAACUAGCAGCCAAUUUGGCAUCCAAACUUGCAACCCUAAUGGUACCCAAACCUGCAUUCCUUAUGGGACCCAAACUAGCAACAUUCAAGCUACCCAAACUAACAGCCUUCAAGGUACCCAAACUAACAACCCUAGGGGUACCCAAACAAGGAAACCAUUAACUAGCUCAACAGGUGUUAAUCCAGGUUGGUCACAAUCUAGGUCUUUGUCACCUGGUGUCACCCCUCGCCCACCAUCUAGUAACUUUAACUUCAACACGUCUUCUGCAACACCCAAUGUACUGUCUAGUGUGAGUGCUCGCAGACAGAAAAACUACGAUUUUGUUGAUCAAAUCACUGUAACUAUCCCUCCAGCCAGAACCUACAAACCGAAGGUUGAGCGACAUAAAAACAUGUGCAAUUUCUCACACUUUCCAUGUCAGCCCUCAUACAAUCCUUAUGCCUUGUGUGCACCCUACAACACUUCAGGGUCUAUUGAAGCUGUUGAUUUGCUUCACAACCCUUACUUCAUGACCCCUUUUGUCAACCAACCAAGGCCAGCUAAAAACAAAAGUCAAAACAAGGAUGAGUUGAAUUUUUCUGAAAACAAUUCCACUCUGGGAGUUAAAAGAGGUCAGAAAAAGAAAGCGAAACAAAUUUACCUACACACCAACACAACUUUAAUUAGCACAAACCUUUCUGAGUACUCACAAAGUGAAGAAACUGAAUGAUCUAAGGAGCUAU